AUGAAUAAUUAUAAUGUUAUUGUCAAGCAACCAAAAUCUUUCCGAAUCGCGAUGUUUCAACAUGGAUAUAAGACGAAAGCUGCUGCACACACUGACAACAACAACAGCAACAAAGAAGAGCUUACUGGACCAUGGGGUCAACUAUGCAGUAGUAAUGUACACAAUUCAGUCCAACCAACUGAUUCUCAUGAUGAUGAUGAUGAUGAUGAUGAUGGCGAAGAUACUGAAAGCAGUGAGGAUAGCGAUGAUGAUGGCGCUGAGGAUGAUGUCGGUGAUUCCACUGAUCUUCGAUGUUGUCUACUGUCAGCGUGUUGUGAAACGUGUACAUGUUGUAAGAUGCCGAGAAAAUGUGAUACCCUUUAUCAUUAUCUACAACUUAUGACUAAAUCAUGUCCUGGUGGUUGUCCUACCAUUGUGCCGAAACAGGAGGAAGAAGAAUGGAAUUAUCCAAAGUAUAAAGGUGCAUCUGAAUUUGCAAUAUGUCAGUGUUGUUAUUCUCCCGGUGGAAUAAUCUGCAUGAAGUAUUUAGAUGUUUUAUGCUGUCCAUUAUGUCCUUUAUGGGAUUUAUGUAAAGGUUUCGAUUAUGGUUAUCGUCGUUUCCGUAUUCAAGUGAUACUGGAUCGGUAUAAAGAUUCACAAAAACGACAUUAUAUUACCUUCAUAUAG